AUGUCUUGCCGCUUCGAAAAACACGGUUCAACAGCCUCAGGAGCCUCCGGCGGCCACGACCACGAACACGAUGGAAGCCAUUCUCAUUCACACGACCAUGCCUCUCAUGACCACUCGGGCGCUGCUCAUUCCCACAGCCAUGACGCCCCCAAGUUGACCUCCAGCGAAAAGUACAACCUCACAAAGUAUGACGACUGGACCCAAGCCGAUAUCGAUCACGGCCACCGUCAUGAGCAGAUCGAUACUGCUGGCAAGUUUGUCGAGCGCUCCUUGCCCGUCUACGAUAACCGCGAUUGGGAGGAGCGUACGUUCACUGUUGGUAUUGGCGGUCCUGUCGGAUCGGGCAAGACGGCAUUGAUGCUGGAGCUUUGCAGGAGACUGUCCAAGGACUACAGCCUAGCCUGUGUCACCAACGACAUCUUCACCACCGAGGACACCGAUUUCUUGGUCAGGAACAAGGCCCUCGAGGAUCCCGAGAGAAUUGUGGCCAUUGAGACCGGUGGAUGUCCCCACGCUGCCAUUCGUGAGGAUAUUUCGGCUAACUUGGCGGCGUUGGAGCAGUUGCAGGCAAAGUUCAACCCAGAGUUGUUACUCAUCGAGAGUGGUGGCGAUAACUUGGCCGCCAACUAUUCACGCGAGUUGGCUGAUUAUAUUAUCUAUGUUAUUGAUGUUGCUGGAGGUGACAAGGUUCCUCGCAAGGGCGGCCCAGGAACAAGCCAGUCGGACUUGCUGGUCAUCAACAAGACCGAUUUGGCAGAGAUUGUGGGUGCCAACUUGGAUGUGAUGGCCAGGGAUUCGGCCAAGAUGCGUGGACCCGGACCCACAGUGUUUGCCCAGGUCAAGAACGGCGUCGGUUUGGACUCUAUCAUUGAACACAUCCUCGGUGCCUACAACGAGAGUGGUGCUCGCAAGUAG